UUGUGCACUGCAAAUGUGAAUGGAUCAGACACUGGCAUAGAAAGCGCUUGUCCCUUCCUGUCUCAUUUCAUCCUCUUCUGGAGUUAUCUGCCUGGAUCACGGGGUUUGCUUCAACUUUUUUUUUUUUUAAAUAAAACAAGAAUAAAAACAUUUUUUUUGGAAGCACGCGGAUAAGGAAACAAGUUACAGCUGAAUAGAAGCGUGAAUCGGGCAGGAGGCAGUGAGGGGUCUCCUGUUAUCAUGCUAAGACACUAAAGCCAUAAAGUUGCUUUGGAGAUCUACAGAUUGCACAGCUGUGAAAUAAAAGCAUAUUGAUAAUACCCUGAGGAUAUAAACUGGAGACAUUAGUCAUGUCAAUAGGACUAAAGCAAGUAUUUAACAAGGACAAAACUUUCAGGCCCAAACGAAAAUUUGACCCUGGCACCCAGCGGUUUGAACUUCAUAAACGUGCCCAGGCAUCUCUGAGCUCAGGGGUUGACUUGAGAGCUACGGUUCAGCUGCCUCAUGGAGAGGACCUUAAUGACUGGGUUGCAGUCCAUGUAGUGGACUUUUUUAACAGAAUUAACCUCAUAUAUGGAACUAUCUGUGACUUUUGCACAGAAAGGACCUGUCCUGUUAUGUCAGGAGGAGCAAAGUACGAGUACCGAUGGCAAGAUGAUCAUAAAUACAAGAAACCUACUGCCUUACCUGCACCUCAGUACAUGAAUCUCCUUAUGGACUGGAUUGAAGUGCAAAUUAACAAUGAAGAUAUAUUCCCUACUAGCGUGGGAGUCCCCUUCCCAAAGAACUUUCUUCAGAUCUGCAAAAAGAUCCUCUGCAGGCUUUUCCGGGUCUUUGUACACGUUUACAUCCAUCACUUUGACCGGAUGAUCAUUAUGGGAGCAGAAGCUCACGUCAAUACCUGCUACAAGCACUUUUAUUACUUUGUAACAGAACUUAACCUGAUAGAUCGAAAGGAAUUAGAGCCUCUGAAAGAGAUGACGUCACGAAUGUGUCAGUGAAGACAGAAAUUUGCUAACAACGAAGACAACACCAGAUUUCCCUUUUGAGUAUGGUUCAUCCUUGGCAGCCAUGAACGGACUGAAAUUGAAUCCUUGGACCUCCAGAAUGCACGUACUUCCUUUCAAAUACAGGGACCAAUAUAAAGUGCCCAUCGUAGAAUAAUUCUUCAAAGCUGCUAAGCACAUUCCUGUGGAGGAUAUGGAUGUAAUACGAAUACAAUACGUCCAAUGAGCUGCUGCAAUUCAUUGCUAGAUAACAUUUAAAAAAGAAAAAAAAACAACAUUUUUUUUAAUUUUAUUUUCUAAUGAAUUUUCUUAAGAAUUUUCUAAUAUUAAUUGUAAGAAUAGAUCUUUUUUUUUUUUUAUAAAUGAUUAGUGUUAACUGUAAAUGUUUUCCUUUGUGAAAUUGUAUUACUAUAAAAAAUGUGGUCUAAUUAAGCAUACAUCUAAUUGCACAGUCUUAAAGGGACAUUAGUAAAUAAAUAAAUCUGUGACCAUCUGGCCCCAGUUUAUAAUUAGGAACUAUUAUUUAAUAUAUCUCUAUUAAAAUGUUUACUUCUGUAUUAUGGUAGGUUCCUUUGAGAUCGUCAGGCUCCUGCACAUCUCUGGCAGCAAUCAGAACAUUUCAAAACUUUGAUUGGUGCAAAUGCACCAUGAAAAUGGAGGCAAUGUUCAAACUAAAUCACUGUUCCCUCACCAGGUAGGGUACAGAAAUAAAAAUAACAGGAUAUAAAAGUACAUUUUCUAAUAAAGAUAUGUUCUAUAACUAUUCCUAACAUGACUAUAGGCUCAGGUAGACCUAGUUUUUGUUUUCAUUUUUAUCUCCCUUUAAAGGGACAUUUUAGUGUAGAAAAUAACUGCAAUUUUGUUAAGAGCAUUUAAUUUUUACACUCCUUUACAUUAUGAUGGGUUAAAUGCACAUGGAAGUCAUAAUUAAACUUUCAUGUAUUUUUAAACACUUUUAAAUUCACAUAUUGUAUCAAAUUAACUUUUUUUUUACUCUUGGUAUUCUUUGUUGAGAAGCAUAUGCACAUAUGCUCAGCAGCAGAAAUGCACUACUGGGAGUUAACUGGCAACUACACACAUUUGUCUCCUAUCAUUGGUUUACCAGAUAUGUUUUUAACCUUUUAACGCCGGUAGGACGUUGUAUUUAGUCCGAAUUUUGCUGGGCUUUAGUGCCGAAGAACGAAAUACAACGUCCUAACCGCUUGGCUUUCCUGAGGUAUUUGGAGACCCUCCUGAGGUACGGAGGGUCUCCAAAUAUGCCAAAAAUUCCUUUAUUACAAAAUUAUGUCCAUAACAGGGUCAAAAGAGCACGAUGUUUCGGGGCAUAUGCCCCUUAAUCAUGAGUUUAAGAAAAUGGACAGAUCCACCUGUUUAAAUAGGCACCUGGGAUUAACCCUUAUAUUCUAUGUGCACAACUUACACUAAAUCUAACAGCACCAUCUAGUGAAUUUAUUAAGGAGAAUCUAAUACAAACAAAACAGCUAUGAAACCUGCAGAAAGUAUCAAUACAUUGUGAUAAGGUACACAAGUUACCUAAAAUACAAACAAACUCCAACAUAAUCAAUAAUCAAUCACUGGUGAGAUACAAAAUUACCACACCAUUAGUUACAUAUUAUACAAUUUUUACAAAUAAAACAAAAACCAACUAUAGACUAAUCAAACAGAUGAUCCUAAAGAACCUUUUCUCUUGUAACUUUCUUAUAAGUAGAAAUUAGAAAACCUAAGCAAAGGAGAAAAUAGAACAAGCUCAACAUGUAUAUAUUACACAAAAUAUAUCAUAAAAUUAUCUUAAUAAAAUGCCGACCAAUUAAUCUCUCUAUUCAUUCCUGAUGGGAUCACGGUCUGGAGGGCUUGCCUAACAUCAUAGGGACGCCCCCUGAUGUGAUCCCAUAAUUGAAAUCUCGUGAUCACGUGCACGAUCGCAAGAUUUCAAUUUGUUUACAUCGGAACAGUUGUUCCGAUGUAGAUACGUUAACUCUGACACGAAAGGGUUAAUCCCUUUGCAGGGGCUAAACACAGUUACAUGCAAACAAUAAUAAAAUGCUCCAACAAAUUAGUCUUUUAUUUUGCACUUUUAUGCCCCUUUAAAUGCAUAAUUAGAGCUGUGCAUGAGAAUCAGGCAUACAUUCAUAUGCUCCAAUCACUGGUGGGGGGUAUUCCAGUGUUACUUUGUGUUUAACCUUUUUUUUGAAGGAGUUGAAUACACAGUAAAGUAAGAGAAUUUAUUUCAAAAUCAAAAUGUUUUAACCACAAAAAAGGGCAUUUUUACACGAUUGUCUCUUUUAACACAGCCCUAGCCUUCCUAUUUUUACUUUAUAUUUGGAAUAAUGAUUCAGUUUGCCAACAGCCAUCCUUAGCUAUCAUGUCUCUUGUGAACACUGAUUUCCAAAAUGUCAGCGUUAUAUAACCUAAUAGCAAAGAUGGUUUGCAAAUAAUGUGAUUGGCAAAACAUACAUAACCAUUUUGUUCAUUUUUGGUGUGUGUUGUGUUUGGGGGUAUUGCAGUGAUGGGUAUAUGUAUGGGGGUUCCCUAUAGCGAUAGGGAGUUUUGGGGAGCUGGGGUUUGUGGUAUGGGAAGUCCCAAUUAGGAAUGAUCACAAAGGGGGAUAAGUUGUGUAGUGGGUUGGGCUAUUGGGUCUCGGUAGGUUUUAUUAUGAUGAGGUGCAAGAUCAGAUAUGGCUCUGAUUGAACAGGUAUAAUUAAUAGCAGGUAGGGUUAAAGAACAUUCAAUACAAAACUUAAGAAUGUUUAGAGUGUCUAAUUUGCAUUUGUACAUGAUUAUUUGUAUGAGUCAUAAGACAAGUUAAUCACUAUAGUGUCACAACUGCAUUUGCAUAAUGAUGAACAAGUACUAACAAAAAUGAUCUCUCACAAUUCAAAAGUUUUACUAAAACCCAUCGCUGUAGGUAGCAGAGAACAUCUGUUCAAGGGCUAAGUCCAUUCCAUUUGUAUAAAGUCACACUGGUAAGGUUACUCCACACACAGACAUUUCAUAUGAUUGUUCAAAUCAUUUAUAGGCAAUUUGGAUGUGAGAAUGUCCCUAUUAAAUGUUGGCUAAUGUUUAGCAUAUUCAAUCCCAUAUGACUUUCCUCUGAAGAUGAUCUGUCAAUUUCACAUUGAUUUAUCUGCUUUUCUAGCAGUCUUGUUAAAAAGAGAGCAAAAGGGUAGAAAGAAGGUGCCUUUAUACAAAUACACUGGUGUAAUAAGAUUGUGUUUGAUUUAAACGGUGUAUGUACUAAAAAUACCUUAAACUAAAGCUAUUCAUUGCAACAAUAUACAUGAUAACACUUUUACCUACUUCAUGCCUUGUAUUGCAACUUACCACCUGCAGAAUAUUAAAAUAGAAAACAGUCACUAGCCAUUUUGUUACUGGUAGCAGUUAAUUUAAUAGCUGCAGUUUUCUUCCUUGUGUAAUGUUUAAAGCCAUAUUGUUAUGCACAAUAUAAUCAUUUUCAUUGCUUUCUCUCAAGUCCCAUAUCCUCCAAAGGACAUUACACAACUUUUGCUUUUGUGGGAAAAUUGUGCUUUAUCCAACACUCACUAGAAAAGCCAGAAACCAAAAUCAGUAACCUAGGGCACUGGUUUUCAAACCUGUCGUCAGGCCUCCCUAACAGGCAACAUUUCGAGGAUAACCAACCUAGAUCACAGGUGAAAUAAUCAGCUAAGUAAUCAUGGUUAUUUUACCUGCUCUCAUCAAAGGCAAUCUUGAAAACCUGGCCUGUUGGGGGGCCUGAGGAAAGGUUUGAAAACUAGUGACCUAGGCUUUCAAAAUGCUGCAAAUUGUUUAACCUCUUAACCACUGCCAACUUACCCUGUACGUCGGCAGGUCGUUCGCAUACCCCCUUAUAUGUACCUGAAAAUAGUGCAGGUAUUGCAGAUGCUGGCAAGACUAAGCUAUAUCAGUCAUGAGGGGUUAAACCAGCUAUUUUAUUUGCAGCAUUUUCAGGUUACAGAAGUUUCUUGUUGACCUCUAUAGGGUGCAUCAGCCAAGCAUAAUUUUGCACAGAAAAUCAAAAGUUGUUGAUUUCCCUUUAAGAGUUUGCCAUGCAAAAUCUUCAAACUCAACCCGUGUUUUUUGGCUUCUUUUUAAUGUGAUUGUAGUGUGCUAUCCCACAGGACAUGACACCCCAACUCUUCUUUAAGGCUCAGAACAUGCAAUUGUAAACAACUUUCUAAUUUGCUUCUAUUUUCAAAUUUAGUUUGUUGAAAAUCAGGGAGAUAAGCUCAGGAGCAUUCACAUAUCUGCAGCACUAUAUGGUAACAGUUUUGUAAGAAUGUUAUACAUUAGUAAGACCACUAGAUGGCAGCACUAUUUCCUGUCAUGUAGUGCUUCAGACAAGUGCGCGCUAACUACCUAGUUAUCUCUUCAACCAAGAAUAGUAUGAGAAGGAAGCAUAUUUAAUAAUAAAAGUAAAUUGGAAACAUUUUUAAAAAAUUGUAUGCUCUGUAUGAAUCAUGAAAAAACAACACCAUUUUGGCUUUCAUAUCCCUUUAAAGCAUGUACGUACCCCACAGAGCUGUGUAUACAGUAAACCUGCAACAAGUAAUUUACCGACAUUCAGAAAAACUGAAAACAAACAAUGUUUUUGUAAACCCAAAAAAGCAAAAAUAUAGAUAGCUACAGAAAAAGGAAACAGAUAAUGAUUCAGUCUUCCAUGUCUUUUCUUUGCACACUCCAUAAAUUAAUAUUGUUUAACAUUUUGUUAUCAUUUAUGUUCAUUUUUACAUUACAUUUUUAAAAAUAUAGAAACAUUUAGUUUCAUCAUCAAAUAAUAUUCAGAUAAUAUGAACAAUCAUUUUUUUUUUAAUUAAACUACAAAGUGAUUGUGUUUGUUAAAUAUUUGUACAGACUUGUUUUUAGUUUAUAUUGUAAAGAAACCGCCACUCUACAUGAAACAGGCAAACAAUAGUAAGGCUAAUAGAUUGAAAUAACACUAAAAAGCCUUCUUGAUGCAAUGUAUCUGUUGGGUUUUCAUAUUGCGUAGUCAUAAGAAAGCAAUGUGAAAACAAGGUUUUGUUAGAACUAUUUGAAUGGAGUUUUGAAUUCAAGGCAAUGCCAGUUUAUAACAUUCUAAAAUUCUCUUUCUUUUCCACUAAAAUAUGACUAAAGCACAUUUCAGCUUUACAUAACAUUAGAUCUGAUGUGCAUCCCAAGUGAAGGUAUAUAUAUGUAUGUAUAUAUAUAUAUAUAUAUAUAUAUAUAUAUAUUCCAGUUGUAUUUUGCCUUAGAGAGAGACCCAUAAUUCAUUGCUGAACAAAGUAAUACUGAGAAUACAGAAACUAGCAAAUCACAGGACACAUAAAAAUAGCUGCUGUAUUUGGUUUAUUAAUUAAAUAUUCUGAACUUGAUUCAUGCUAACUUAACCAUGCAAUAACUAGACAAAGUAAUUAUUUUUGUAGAAUCUUUUUAAAUAAUUCUUACUGUUAUUCUAACUAUAAAGGACACAUUUUAAGCUAUAGAGUCAGUUAAUUCAAAAUGUAACCUAGGUGGGCCCAGAAACAGCAAUCCACUACUGGGAGCUAGCUGCUGAUUGGUGGGUUAACCUACAUUCCUCUUGUAACUGGCUCAUCUGAUGUUUGGUUAAAAUUGUAUGCUCUAAAUCCUGAGUAACUAUCUUCGCCUGCUCCUAGAACGAGGUAAAUAAAUACUGGGAGGAUCAGGGAAGUAGGAGGGAUAUUAAAGCUCUUGCUCUAUGGUGUCUUUGCCCCCUCCUGGUGACCCGGUGAUGAAUUCCCAACACUAAGGAAUCUUUGACUCUCACCACCAUAAGAAAGAAAUUGGUUUCAUGUCCCUUUAACUUUUAAAAUGUUAAUGUUUUCACUCCUCCCUCUGGAAUGCAGAACCCUGAUCUUACUACAUGUUGCAUAACGAUUGGUGAAUAUGCACAUUUAUACAUCUUCCUAACUAGCUAUAGCAAGGAACUAAAAUAAACAAAAUUCAAGAGCUGGUUUAAGGAGGGUGUCCUGGGAGUGAAAACGAAUGCAAACUUUGCUUAAAAAAAAUAUAUGACACUUAAUUUGUAUGCAGAUCUUUUGCAAUGCAGGUACUAAUAUCUGGUGUACAAAUUAAGAGAAAAAAAUGAAUGUCCAUUUAAAUAUGUUGACAGAAUGUGCAACAACCAAUUAAGGAAUGGUAAAGUUUUAACAAAAUAAUUUUAUUACAGUAAAAUAAAGUGUAAGGUAGACUGGUUACAAUAAAACAGGGUCAAUAUUUCUCUUCUUAAUUUAUAAUCUCAGGAUAAGACAUCUCAAACAAGUAUUUAUGGAGCUGGGCACAUUUUUUUUUUCUUUCUAAAAGUGGAAAUUACAUGAUUUAUUUAUUAACAUGAUUACAAUUAAUUGUUUGUAUAAUUUUCAUGUGAGACUAGCUGUAAAUAAUUCUCAGCACUAGUUUGUCAUUUGUAAGGUAAAUUUACCAUUUCUAAUAUGAUUUAUAUUUGGUCAAGUUUUUUCAUUGUAUGAAACAUUUCUUUAAUUAUUUUCAUUUGUUUGAUUAUAAAGUAGAGUUUUUGUGGAAAUGAUGGUUGUAAGAAUGGUUAGCAAUAACAUGAAAUAUUGUCAUGAUCUAAACCAAUAAAAAGUUUUUAUACUUUACUGAAAAA